AUGGCGUGGGCGUACAAUACGCCUGACGGUACGCCGAACAAUGGGCCAACUAUCGCUGCCGUUGCUCUGUCUGUGACGGCGCUGGCUCUUGUCGCGCUGUGUCUGAGAAUUUAUGUCAGGACGAGGAUUGCAAAGGCCGUCGGUCUAGACGACUGGUUAAUCAUUGCUAGCUGGAAUUGGGAUUGGAAACAGAUUGGAGCUUGCGGGUACACUUCAGCAACCAUCGUCCAAACGAAAUGGGGCCUCGGGCUGAUUGAACUCGAUACGAUGCCUGACGAAAAUGUCCUCAACUUUGGCAAAACGCAAUAUAUCGGCGCGCCGUUCUAUGUUCUUGGGAUUUGGGGCUUCAAGACCAGCCUGCUCGUAUCCUACGUCCGCUUGGUACCGGGGACGUACCGACUGUUGCCCAUCUCGAUUGCUGCGAUUGUUACAAUGGCACAUAUAGCCUUUAUGCUGGUUUUCCUGUUCCUGUGUAUACCGGUCCAGAAGCAAUGGGAGCCUCUCGUGCCCGGUCAUUGUGCCGAUGCCGUUCCCUUUUACCUCACAUUCUCGUCUCUGACGAUUAUCUUUGACGUCAUCACGCUUGUCCUCCCCUUCCCCGUCCUCAUCAAGCUCCAAAUGAAGGCCCGUCGCAAAAUCGCCCUCCUGUGCCUCUUCGCCCUGGGUCUCUUCGUCACCAUUGUCCAAAUCAUCCGCAUCCAAACCAUCAGCAACCUGGCCAACUACCUCGACUCCGCCGAAGCCAUCAAGUGGUCCAUUGUCGAGACGGCCGUCGGAAUCAUCAUUGCGUGCGUGCCCACGCUCGCGCCCCUCGUCACGUACUUUCAGGAGAAGACGCGCAGCGGCGGCAGCAGCAGCAACACGCCGGCCAGGCCCGGCGCAGAAGGCCCUUAUGCGCUGCAGUCGUGGCGGGCGACGAAGAGCGGCAUGAGGCCCCUGGGCAGCGCCGUUGACGGGGAGAACGGGAGCGAGAAGAGUACGGAGAAUAUCUUGCAGGGACCGGUAGCUUCGGUGAGCGAGACGAGCGAGACGAGUGAAGGGGCUGGUCCCGCUGCGAGCAGGAGUAACCACUGA